GGCAAACCACCAACCAGCGGGUAUUUUCUGCGUUUUGUGGGAUCACAGAGUUUAAUUUGCCUUGGCCUCCUUGGCUCUAGGUGGGCAGCCUGAGCGGCAGCGCGAAGAAUGCUUGGGGGGCGAAUGUGGCGAACACCAACUGGCCCCAAGCUUUGAUGCUGCUACAUACCUCAACCACUUGGGACUUGAUCGGCUGCUUCGGCAUCAUGUCUGGCCUGAUGCACUCUGACACCUGGAAACUUUGUGCUCGAUUCCUUGCCAUUAUGCCCACUGUGCGCGCCCAGCCGCACCGCCCGAGCUAUCGAUGUGCAGCGAGGGCCACCGGCCUGGGCCGCGCCCCUUCCCUGGCUUCGGAGGUCAGCCAGGAGAUGCGCCUGGCUCGCCUUGGCGAUGAUGGCACAGUACAGAGCGCAGUGGUUUGGGCUUGGGAGUGUGCGGAGGAGCCAUGGCCAAUGCAGACGGAGGGCACUUCCUUGAUGGAUUGCGCCUGAGGGCCUUGUCCAAGGCUUUCUCCCUUCGAAGAAGGGUUUGCCUUGCAUGGCUCUGGAAGUGUACACCUUGGGUCACACCUUGUUGUGAGGAUGAUGGAUUGCUGCUGUUGGUGAGGAUGUGGGCA